AUGUCCGACUCCAAUCUCACCGAGACUCGCAAAUGCCAGAGCUGCAAAAAGACGGAAUCCGAAAGUGCUCCCUUGAGGAACUGCUCCCGCUGCAAAUCGGCCAUCUACUGCUCCCGUGACUGCCAGAAAACCGACUGGAAAGCUCACAAGAAAGUCUGCGCCAGCAGUGCUCAGGCAAACACAGGCUCCGCCAGCCAGUCCACGACUGACGCCAACGCCACCCAAUCCACAAAAGUCUUAGACACCUACCGUCUCCGGCUAGACGACGACUACACAUUUACAGGGGAUGUUCAUGCGGACAGCAUCUAUGGCGGGGCGACUGAUGGCGGAUGCGCUGGUUUCCGCCGGUUCCUGAAGCGCGUUGAACGCAAACCCGAUCUCCUUCCGAGGUGGUGGACCCCAGCCAAAGCGGAGGAAUGCAUCCGCCAUCUUGGAUAUGCGGUGGAGAAGCACGACGUUGUCGAGCAUUAUGGAAACAAUUUGAUGCCGAUGCAGCUGCGCAUGUUUGGCGAGCAGGUGCUUGGAACUGGACCAGGUGGGCAGAAAGGGGCUGCUAUGAUGAAAUUGCAGAUGGACAUCGAGGGUGGAAGCGGCGUUGCCUCUCAUUUGGACUUCAGCGCCCUUUUGAGAAAUUGA